GACCGGGAGGCAUGGCUGCGAGCGCGGGGGAAUUGAGGCGGCGGCGGGGGGGCCCGGCGGGAGACGCCCCCGACCCGCGGGAGCCGCGCGCCCCACCGGCGCCUUCUUUGCGCCCCGGCACCUUCUGGCUGACGCGGCUGGUGCUGUUGCGCGCCACCGCCUUCAUUUACUCUGUUGCCUUUCUGGUUGCCUACCAUCAAAACAAAGCCCUUAUUGGUGAUCGAGGGCUUCUGCCAUGCAAGCUGUACUUGGAGAGUGUGAAGCGCCAUUUUAAGGGCAGAAUAAACAUGGAGACUUUAAGCUAUGCCCCAACUCUGAUCUGGUUCUUGGAUUGGUCCAGUAUGGACAGCAUCCUUGAUGCCUUCGCUCUCAUUGGUUUGGCCAUCUCGGCAUUUGUCCUGGUCACUGGAUGUGCCAACAUGGUUCUCAUGACUGCUGUGUGGAUCAUCUACCUCUCCUUAAUUAACGUGGGACAGAUCUGGUAUUCCUUUGGUUGGGAAUCGCAGCUUCUGGAAACCGGGUUUUUGGCAAUCUUCCUGUGUCCUUUGUGGACUCUUUCCCGGGUGGCCAAGGAUACCCCUCCUUCCUUUAUUGUCAUCUGGGCCUAUCGUUGGCUUAUUUUCAGAAUCAUGCUUGGAGCGGGGAUGAUUAAAAUACGAGGGGAUCGUUGCUGGAAGGACUUGACCUGCAUGAAUUAUCAUUACGAGACCCAGCCUGUUCCCAAUCCUGUGGCCUAUUUCAUGCAUCGGACGCCUUGGUGGUUCCAUGCAUUUGAGACCCUCUUCAACCAUUUCAUUGAGCUGGUUGUGCCCUUCUUUGUCUUCCUAGGGCGGCGCAUGUGCAUGGCCCAUGGCAUUCUUCAGAUCCUCUUCCAGGUACUGCUUAUCAUCAGUGGGAAUCUGAGCUUCCUCAACUGGUUAACCAUCGUGCCCAGCAUAGCAUGCUUUGAUGACGCCUCCUUGGGGAUCUUGUUUGGUUCCAGCAAAGGAUCUCUGAAGACCCACGUCCUGAAGAUUCAAACCAAAGAGGCGGCAGGGAAAGUUGGCUCUUUACAAUACGGGAGCUACAUCCGCAAAGCUGUGAAUGUCGCCUUGGGGGCCCUGAUCAUCUUCCUCAGCAUUCCAGUGGUUCUCAACCUGAUUAGUUCCCGGCAAAUCAUGAACACUUCCUACAACCCCCUCAGGAUCGUCAACACGUACGGAGCAUUUGGAAGCAUAACCAAAGAGAGAACCGAGGUUAUAAUCCAAGGGACUUCCAGCUCGGAUCCCAAUGAUCCUGCUGCAGUUUGGGAAGAAUAUGAAUUCAAGUGUAAACCAGGGAAUCUGCAGAGGCGGCCCUGCCUGAUCAGCCCCUACCAUUACCGCCUGGAUUGGCUCAUGUGGUUUGCCGCUUUCCAGACCUAUGAACAGAACGAAUGGGUCAUUCACUUAGCCGGGAAACUCUUGGCCAACGAGAAGGAAACUUUGUCUCUUCUGGCCUUCAACCCAUUUGUGGACAAGGCACCACCCAAGUGGGUUCGGGGAGAGCAUUUCAGGUACAAGUUCAGCCGGCCAGGUGGACAGCACGCCCGGCAGCAGAAAUGGUGGAUCCGUAAGAGGCUUGGACCUUACUUCCCACCCGUCAACCUUAAAGGACUGAAGAAGUUUUUCAAGGCUCGAAACUGGCCGGACCCAAAGCAGAAUUGAGCCAACCCCGCUGGAGAUCCAGAAUAACACACACACACACACACACAUUUUGUCUUCGGCUUCCUCCUUUGGGUUGUGUGAAUUCUCUUCUCUGUUCUCGAUACUUCACAGCAGGGCAAUCCCCAGCACUCUCUAAAGCCCACCAGGCCAGGGAUAAAAACAUUGGGGUUUCUUUUCUACCUUUAGGGGAGUUGAGGCCAAAAUGAAUGCUCAGAGCAUUACUUGGAAAUGAAUGGAAAAAAUUGAAAAUUGUGUCCAUGAGUAGGUUCCAGCAUCUCCUACCCCAUUGAUGGCUAACCUUUUUGCCAUUGCGUGCCAGGAGUGGGCGGGUGGGAGGGUAGGUGGGACCGGAAGUUGGCAAACGGGCCAUUUUCGGCCUCCGGAGGGUGAAGGCCGUUUUUGCCCUCCCCAGGCUCCUAGAAAGGCUCUGGAGGCUGCAGAGAGAGAAAAAUGGGCCUUUCACACCACCCCCAGAGGUCCUCCAGAGGCAGGAAACAGCCUGUUUCCCUACUUCUGGUGGGCCCAGAAGACCCGAAAAUCAACUGGUGUGCCGGAGCUGAGCUUGCGUGCUGACCGAUAUGGCUACAUGUGCUACCUGUGGCACGCAUGCCAUAGGUUCACCUUCAUGGUCCUACCUUCUGGAUUAGCCUAACAGAAGGGACCACCUUUCCAAAGAUCAACCAGGUGUAGACACACAAAAUGCAAUAACUAGAUGUGUCAACAAGCCCUGAAUGUUAGCAAAAUUAGCAAGAUAAAGGGAGGUAACCUUUGUGAUGAGAGGGAGAGCGGGUCGUUCAGAAGAUGGAGGAUUUUUCUUUAAAAAGGCAUGGAAUUAAUCUGACAUCUGUCUAGGGCGGUUGAAUGUUUCAUUUGAGAGCUGGGGUAAAUUACACACUGAAAUUGUCAUCUUAGACGUACCGUUUAAAUGAAAGUAAGUGCUGUCCAAGACCCAACAACUUAUUCCCCUCUUACCAACUUUUGGAAGAAUGAGAUCCUGCCCCCCCCCCCACCUUAUAAAAAUUAGGUUGCAGAAACCUGGCUUCAGGGAUCCCCAAGGCCGUUGGUUCAACAGGUUUCUGCCUGAAGUCAGCUUCAGUAGGUCAGUGAAAAGCCAUCAUCAAACCCUUCAUACAAAGUCGUAGAUGCAAAAUUGAAAUUCAAUGCAAAAAAAGCUAAAACCUCAUGAGAUUUCACGGGGUUGCGCUAAAGGUCUAGUGAGGUGUUGCUCAGGGAUUUUGGCCAAGCUACUUUGCACACAGUGACAAGAGAAAUUUAAAAAUCCUGUUAAGGUAGACUUUAAUUUCAUUUUUAGGUCCUUGAGCGCCACCUAGUGUUGGUUUGGUUAUUAUAUCAGUAGGACAGUAAUUACUAUUAGGAGGGUGAGGAAAUAUUUCUUCUCUGCCCCCUCCUUUCCUUCUCUUAUUUUUUCCCUCUUGAUACCUUUCCUCUCUUUCUCCAGAACAGCCUCUGGGGAAGCGAGGCAGCUCCCACCAAAAUCCUGAAUCGAUCCCUUGCAAAAGGCAACUUAAACUCCAGUUGAGGGCUGCUGGUUGACCAAUGAAUGUUUGGUUUGUGAGUACGUUUUGCCCACAACCCACUGGGGGAAUUUGUUAAUAUUUUUAUUUGGCAUCUGCUUAUAUUUGAGCAUAAUACAAGACCAAUUCUUGGGAAACUUAAGACAAACCAACUUUUUAAAAAAAUUAUUCAUUCAAGAACAGGCAGCAUUAAAAUAAAAUACACCCUCUUAAUGUCCAGAGUUCAAAUUCACAGAAAAUGCUUUUUAAAAACCUUGUACUUUUAACUUACUGCCCACCAGUAGUCAAAAUUAGAAGGAAUUUGUCCCAAGAACUAUAUACAUUCUACCUAUUAUGUAUUUGUAGAUCUAAUGGGGUAUCUGGUUCUCCUUACAAGGGGAUUAAUAGAACACAAGGACCAAUCCCACGUAAAAUCUUCCUAUCCAGAAAACCUGUUUCCCAUGAAAAAAAAAAGUUAUUCUUUUCUAAUAAAAUUUCCUUCUGAUUAA